UGGCCAUAUAAGUCGAUGAUUUCUUCUUUCUUGUGUUUUCUGUUGUUUUAUGUUGACUACCAAACAUAUAGUAAGCUUUUUACUUAAGUUAUAAGUAAAUUAUUUAAAAAAUAAUUACUGAAGAGAUACAAACAAUAAAAAAUGACUGAAGUAAUGCAAGAAAUCUUUAAUUCUUUCCAAGAUUAUUUAAACACCGAACAGGAUUUAAGAGAGGAAAUUCGCAAAACUGUGAAAGAAAUUGAAAAGACCGGAAGAGAAAUUCUUAUGAUCCUUCAAAAUAUUCACAGUGAGAACAAAGAGGAAAAUAUAAUCGUCUCGCAAUAUUGUGCAAAAGCUCGUGAAUUAUUUGAAAAUGUUCGCACAAAUUAUGCAAAAUUGGCGGAAAUCGUACCUAAGGAUCAAUAUUACAGAUAUCACGAUCAGUGGCGAAUAGCGACCCAGAGGCAUUGUUUUCUUGCAGCGCUUACCGUUUAUUUGGAGAUCAAAGUCCUUGUUACUAAGGAUACAGUUGCUGAAAUAAUCGGUGUAAAAUCGAAACCACAGGACGGAUUUCAUCUCGACGUGGAAGACUUUCUAAUGGGAUUACUUCAAUUAGCUUCGGAAUUGGUUCGUUUUGCAGUGAAUAGCGUUACUAACGGAGAUUUCAAUCGACCAGUGGAAAUUGCUCGAUUUGUCAGCGAACUGAACGCUGGAUUUCGUCUUUUGAACCUGAAGAACGAUUCUCUUCGAAAGCGUUAUGAUGCUCUGAAAUAUGACGUAAAGAAAAUCGAAGAAAUCGUUUACGAUCUCAGAAUUCGUGGAUUAAAACCGGAAAAUUCAGAAGUGCCUCCUCAAGACGUGGAGUAACUCGAUUUUCAAGCUUAAUUUUCAAUAGGAAAAUUUUCUUGAUAUCGUAUUAAAGUCUGAUUUUCAUAAUUUUCCACUACUACUAGUUCCUAAGUUGUCGGCAAUGUAAAUGAUACUUUAUAAUUUUUCUACUUAAUGAAAUAAUUAAUAAAUUCUUUUUUCGAUUUUUGGGGACUAUAUUUGUAAAAGGUGAAAGAAAAAACACUAUAUUUCAUUUUUUAAAAAAGUGAAAAAUAGUGUUUUUUCUUUCACCUGAUACAAAUAUAGUCCAAAAAUCGAAAAAAAAGAAUUUAUUAAAUAAUUGUGGAAGGAUAAACAUAUUCAUCUAUAUGUUUAUUAAUGUUCCAGUGAAUAUUAAUUACUAUUUUUGACAAUUAAUAGAAAUUAUCGUAAGAGACAAGUUUAAUUAGCAGCUGUUAAAAGUUGUUUUAAAUUAAAAUGUUACAUGUCUAGUCUUUCAGGUGAAAAAAUCUGAAGUCAAAAUAUUUUUACAAAAGAGACUAUAAUUUCUAAAAUAAAUACCAGUUUUAGUAAGAAAAAA